AGGGCAGAAACUACAGUUCCCAGGAGACAGCGGGGCCGCAGGCGGCGGCUGCGGAGGAGAGCGGGCAGAAGAGCCCUGCGCGCGCGGUGGGGAUGAAACGUUGCUAGAGUUCGCGGGUCUUGCCGCUGGAGGCCAGAGCAGCACGCUGUGAGCUGCUGCGCGCCAAAGCGGGAAUCCGAGAGGCGGGCAGCUCUGCAAUUAAUGCACGCAUUUAAAACUCCCGAAUCUGUGGACGCCAUGCACAGGAAACACCUCCAGGAGAUUCCCGACCAGAGUAGCAACGUUACCACCAGCUUCACGUGGGGAUGGGAUUCUAGCAAGACUUGUGAACUGCUGUCGGGCAUGGGAGUCUCUGCUCUGGAGAAGGAGGAGGUGGAUAGUGAGAACAUCCCCCAGGAACUGCUCUCAAAUCUGGGUCACCCGCACAGCCCCCCACGAAAACGGCUGAAGAGCAAAGGGAAUGACAAGGACUUUGUGAUCGUCCGCAGACCUAAGCUAAAUCGAGAAAACUUUCCAGGUGUUUCCUGGGACUCCCUUCCAGAUGAGCUGCUCUUAGGAAUCUUUUCCUGCCUCUGCCUCCCAGAACUCCUAAAAGUCUCCAGUGUUUGUAAGAGGUGGUAUCACCUAGCGUUCGAUGAGUCUCUGUGGCAGACCUUAGACCUCACAGGUAGAAACCUGCAUCCAGAUGCAAUUGGCCGGUUGCUGUCCCGAGGGGUGGUUGCCUUCCGCUGCCCACGAUCCUUUAUAGACCAACCAUUAGUUGAACAUUUCAGCCCUUUUCGUGUACAGCACAUGGACCUGUCGAACUCAGUCAUCGAUGUGUCUACCCUCCAUGGCAUUCUGUCUCAGUGCUCCAAGUUGCAGAAUCUAAGCCUGGAAGGCCUCCAGCUUUCAGAUCCCAUUGUCAAUAAUCUUGCACAGAACUCAAAUUUAGUGCGACUAAACCUUUCUGGGUGUUCUGGAUUCUCCGAAUCUGCCCUGAAGACUUUGUUGAGCAGCUGUUCCAGGUUGGAUGAGCUGAACCUCUCCUGGUGUUAUGACUUCACUGAAAAGCACGUACAAGUGGCCGUCGCGCAUGUGUCGGAGACCAUCACCCAGCUGAAUCUUAGCGGCUACCGAAAGAAUCUCCAGAGAUCAGAUGUCUCUACCUUAGUUGGAAGAUGCCCCAAUCUUGUCCACCUAGACUUAAGUGAUAGUGUCAUGCUAAAGAAUGACUGCUUUCCAGAAUUUUACCAGCUCAACUACCUCCAACACUUGUCACUCAGUCGGUGCUAUGAUAUAAUACCUGAAACUUUACUUGAACUUGGAGAAAUUCCCACACUAAAAACACUACAAGUUUUUGGAAUCGUACCAGACGGUACCCUUCAACUGUUAAAGGAAGCCCUUCCUCAUCUACAGAUUAAUUGCUCCCAUUUCACCACCAUUGCCAGGCCAACCGUUGGCAACAAAAAGAACCAGGAAAUAUGGGGCAUCAGAUGCCGACUGACGCUGCAAAAGCCCAGCUGUCUAUGAAGUAUUUAUUGCAGGAUGGUGUCUCUUUGGAACAGGGAAAGUAGGCAGGAAGCCCAAUUGCUGGAGCACUCAGCUAUUUUUAUUCUUGGUUUUCCCUUUGCCUUUAUUCUGCAAGUGUAUUAGCCAUGUGAGAGAGAAAACUAUGAAGUGUCGCUUUUUAAAAAUGACUGUAAACAUUUCUGUCACUGCUAUGCCUUUCAGAGCCUGAGUUGUAGGCCUUUUGAAACUUUAGGAGAGUGAGCCUAUAAUUUCAAGAUACCUUGAGGGGCAAAAUUUGAGCCACCUCUUUCAAGUGCCCUUCUUAUGAAAUCUAUUUAGAAUCAAGCAUAAAAAUCACCACCAGCGAAUCUUUUUCAUAGCCUAUAUGGUAACUUUUUUCUAUUUAACUUUUCAGUAUUGCCUUAUAAGACAUAGAUUGAAGAAUAAGCUAUUUGUAUUGUGAGCUGAACAGAAAGAAUCAUAGGAUAGUUGAUUUGGGGCAAUCUCUUCUAGGGGAUAGAAAAAGAAAAAUACACAUUUCACCUUUGCCUUUAGAUUUGAAAUUAGGCUCAUGGAAACAAAUAGUCCUGAGUAAUUAACUGUAAAACCUAAAUGAAAAAAAUAGAAAACCAACCAGAGGUAUAGAAUUUGAAGGCUCAAGAGGCAAUUUCCUAUGUCAGGUUAAUCUUGCAGUAUCUUCAAAUGCACACUUAUGAAGUAUCCUGUAAUGUACUGUGUUCCCAGAAUUCUAAAUUAGCUGAGGAAAUGUAAUUGUGGCCUUCUAACUUUUUGAUCAAAUUAUGUUGACGUGGGUUCUUGAACUUUUAAAAUGACUUGCUUUGUUUUAGAAAGGUGGUAGAAACUGGUCAGCCUCUGUUCUUGAAGUGUUGGAUGGAAUGCUGAAGUGAAGUUGCCAGCCAUUUUCCUUUAUUGCUGAGGUUCUUGAAGUUGUUUUUAUAUUACUUAUAGAAUCAAGUAUUUUAAAUUGUCCCUUUUUGUAAUGGUCUCCCACGAUAAUUGUUUGGAACUACCCAUUUUAUAAGGUUAUUGGACCUAAAGUUCCCGAAGAAGAACUGCGUGUUCUUUUCGAUCGGGAAUACACACUAGAGGCAGGUGUGUGUUGCAUGCAGUUUUACAGCAGUGAACACAGCUCGCACCUGCAUGACAGUUAAGACUCAGAUGUUGAACCUUUGAUAGCAUCAGUGAUUUUUUUUUAAUGGGACAUAGAUGCAAAAGGAUUCAAUUCUACUUUUAAAAUAAACACAAAACACUAAUUUCUUAUUUAAAUUGAUGACCUCCUCAUAUGUUCAAAAUGGAACAAAAAAGCCAAAACCCCUCAUUUCUGUUGACAUUAAUUGUUUUUUUAAAUCAGAUUUUUCAAAUGUUAGAAACAAUGGUAUGAAGUGCCCUUAUCGGCUGAGACCUAAAGAACAUUUCGAAGUAGUGUUACACGGGAAAUGAUUAUGUUUCAAUUUUGUAGCAGUUAAGAAGUGCUAAAUACUACUUGAAAUUAUUGUUUACAGAUUAGUGACAAGGGCUGAUGAUAGAAUCCAGUUGGACUCUGACUUCCAGGUGCCCUCAAACACUCAGUACUUCCAAACUCAAGUCCAGCCUUAAGCUAUUUUGCUAACGUGUCAGAAUAAUCUGUAUUUUUGUAUGUGAUUUCUACUUUUAUAGACUUGUUUUAAAAUAAAACACAUUUUUAUAAAAAUUAA